GAAGAGGGCUUGUUUUUGAAAUUAUUGGCGCUUGUGGUGCUAGCUGUGAUCGUCCAUAAGCUUUGCUAGCGAAUUUAUUUUUCUCACACGGACUGCUUGUUUCCCGUCAGAAAACGCUACCGUGGUAAUGAAACGCAAGAUAACGCUUAUUGACACGAAGCAACCUUUCAGUUGAUGCAGAUUGAUCACAAUGGCAAGUGAUGUGUGCAGCCAUGUAAAGGUGGUUGUUAGGGUGAGGCCGGCCAACGAGAGUGAAAAGCGUGAGAACUGUCGAAAUGUGGUCCAGGUCGUUGACAACCACAUGCUCAUAUUUGACCCCAAAGAAGAGGACAUAUCAUGUUUUGGGUCACAAAGAGUACGAAACAGAAACAUCAACAAGAGGGCUAACAAAGACCUGAAGUUUGUUUUUGACCACGUCUUCAGCGAGAACUCUACUCAAGUUGACAUCUUUGAGAACACCACUAAAGGAGUGUUGGAUGGUGUGAUGAAUGGAUUUAACUGCACAGUGUUUGCCUAUGGUGCUACUGGAGCAGGCAAGACACAUACCAUGUUAGGCUCACAAAAUGACCCUGGGGUCAUGUACCGUACCAUGAAAGAGCUGUUCAAACGCAUGGAUGAUGCCAAGGAGGAGAAAGAGUUUGCUGUUGCAUUCUCAUAUCUUGAGGUUUACAAUGAACAAAUCCGAGACUUGCUGGCUAAUGCAGGCCCUCUUGCAGUAAGAGAGGACAGUUCUAAAGGAGUAGUUGUUCAGGGCCUCACACUACAUCAGCCUAAAUCUGCAGAGCACAUUCUUGAGGCUUUGGAUUCUGGCAAUCGAAACAGGACACAGCACCCCACUGAUAUGAAUGCCACCUCUUCCCGGUCUCAUGCUGUAUUUCAGAUAUAUUUGAGACAGCAAGACAAAACCGCUAGCCUCAAUCCUAAUGUCUGCGUUGCCAAAAUGAGUCUGAUUGAUCUGGCAGGCUCAGAGAGAGCCAGCGCCACCAACGCCAAAGGGGCACGUUUGCGGGAAGGUGCUAACAUCAAUCGCUCACUUCUUGCCCUAGGAAAUGUUAUCAAUGCUCUUGCUGACCCAAAGAGUAAGAAAACUCAUAUACCAUACAGGGACAGCAAGCUGACGCGGAUACUUAAAGACUCCUUGGGAGGCAACUGCAGGACCGUUAUGAUUGCCAAUGUUAGCCCAUCAUCCAAGUCUUAUGAUGACACCCACAACACACUUAAAUAUGCCAACAGGGCCAAGGAGAUUAAGUCCUCGCUGAAGAGUAAUGUUGUAAGCCUGGACAGUCACAUUGGCCAGUAUGCAGUGAUAUGUGAGAAGCAACGGCAAGAGAUUCUACAGUUGAAGCAGAAACUAAAACAAUAUGAGGAGAAGAACAUGGUGCCUGGGACUUCUAACAUGAUCUCAUCCCAGAAACAAGCAGAGUUCAAAAGGGUGUCAGAGGCUCUGCAGCGAAUCUUCUCGAGUCGGGCCCAAAUCAGGAGAGAACAGCUGGAUCUGGAGAGACAACUGAAGGAGAAUGAGCUGCGCCAGCGCUACAGUGAGGAGGACAACCUGCAGGUCCAACAUUUUUGUGCCAAAGAAAAGACUGAGAAGGCCACUUGUAAGUACGAGCGGAAGAUUGCCAGCUUACGCACUCAGCAGCAACACAUUUGCAAACGUCUGAAAGAGGCAGAGACACGUUUCCUGGACAAUGAUGGCUGGCUUCAUCGUGUCGAGAACGAGAUAAAGCUGCUGAAGUCGAAUGAUCAGACCUCAGAGGUCUUAGAGAAGGACCUACAUUGCCACAGACUGGAGCUGCAGGUAAAUGAUCUCCAACAACACAUCAAGCAGAUGGUGGAGCUCACUACACUGCAGGAUCAGGAGAACAAGCGCAUGCAGAAGAUGGUGAACAUCUUGUUGCCAGCAUAUAGUCGGCACUACUCUGCGUUGCUUGGAGCUGGGCUGGUCACAGAAGGAGAUAAGAUGGAGAACCAUGAACUAGAGCACCUUGUGUUGAGGGAAAGAGGUGUGGUCUGGGCAGAUCAGGAAGGGGCAGGGCAGCAGCUGAAAGGAGGGAUUGGAGCAGAACCACAGAGGACAAAUGAGGCUGGAAGCAUUGGGGUCCACGGCGAGUUGGCACCUGUCCUGUCUUUCUCACAUUUGCUAUACCACCAGAGUAGCCCCUGCAGUGCAGAGGGGCACGCAAAAAGAACAUCAUUGUGCAAAGCUGCUCCAUCACCAAAAGGUGUAGGAAGUGAGACAGAUAUAAAACAAGAACCACGUCCCAGAAUGCCCAUCAGGAGAAAUCUGUCUGCAUCACUGCCACCACAAAGCCCCCAGACCGUCGCCAAGACCCAAGUGUUUGAGGAGGGCAUGUUCCCACUUCAGUGCACACCAGAGCCUGCUCAAAAAACUGUUCAGGCCCUGCCGCUGAGCUCCAGUGCCAUGGAUCCCAACAUGACCUUUGAAGUUAUGGACAGUGAGGAUCAAACUGCAAGUAAUGCAACCAUCAUAAUAAGCAGUGGUAGCCCCUGUCAGGCAUCAACGUCCUCAAACUUUUUGGGUCACAACCAGCCACUCCGUCCUCCCAAGGCCAAUGAGGGGAACCAGAUUCCUACAAAAAGACAACAGAUCCUGUCUUUACAAGAUGUGAGACGAGCCAACCCGACCUACAUGGACAUGACGUCUGCUGCACAAGGAAAGCGUAAAUUUAACCGCAGCAUCAAAGAAGAGCCAACCCAGGGUGUCUCUGCACCGAAGCGUAUAAAGAAAGACCCCUCAGUGGCCCGGAGACCGCUCCGAGUGCAUCGGUUUGCGGUCGAACCUAGAAACAUGACGCAAGCACAGAGGGAGGUUCACGACAGUUUCAUCUGGUGUGGAAAGAAGAAGCAGGAGCAGAUGGACUUCAGAUAAGCAUGGAGGAGGAGGUGAGUGUACUUGUCAUUUUGCUUGGUUCACUGUAUCCAUAGCGUGACUUAGCAUGGCAUUUGUUCAGGUUCUCUGGUGGGAUGUGGGAUUGAGCCAUAAAAGAAGUUGAUGCCAUGAAACUUUGUGUGGGGAAAAGCAUUUUAAACCGUAUUUUGGGGCAAAGUCACCAAACUUUUAAGUGUUAAGUGUUCUUCAUCUGAUUCAACUGGUGAUUCUAUACAUGCAUUUUUAUGCACCGGGUAGCAUUGAAAGUGGACUCUCUCCCCAUCGAUUUCGAUAGUGCUCUGAUCUUGUUAGCCCAAAAGAACUGCUCAGGAGCAUUGUCAAGAUGGCUGCUGAGUGGGGAGACUUGCCUAUAAGGACUUUGGUUCCUCUCAGCAGCAGGGACAGGGAGAGUGGUCGCAUGAAAGCAGCCAAAUACAGAGAGGUCCUUGAAGGAAUCCUCCUCCAGAGUGCACACAAUAGUUCACUUUUCAGUGUGACAAUGAGCCAAAACAUACAGCCAAGAAAACAGUGGAGUGGCUUUGGGACCUUGAGUGGCCCAGCCAGAGCCCAGAAUGAAACCCCACAGAACAUCUGAGUAGAGACCUGAAGUUCACAACCGUCCAAUCUGAUGGAGACUGAGAAGAUCUGCGAGGAAGAAUGGAAUUAACUACCCAAAUCCAGGUGCGCAAAGCUCUAGAGAUUUACCCAAGAAGACUAGAAGCUGUUAUUGCUGCCACAGGGGCUUUUACUAAGCACUGAAUUAAUCCUUUUGUAAAUAAGAGAUUUCAGUUUUUGAUUUUUAGUACAUUUGCAAAAAUUUCUAAAAUCAUGUUUUCACUUUGUCAUUAUGAGUUAUUGAGUGGUGAUUGAUGGGCAAGAAUGGAAAUUUUAUCCAUUUAAAAUUAAAUCUUCAACACGAUGAAAGGGUCUGAAUACUUUCUGAAGCAACUAUAUAUUAAAAUGUACACCAUAUGUCUAGAACAUGGUAUAUCAGUGUCCUGCUCAU